AUGUCAUCAGCCGAACCUGAAAGUGACUCGGAGCUGCUCGACUCCUGGGCUGGCAGUGCGGUCUUUGACGAGGACCCUUCCUUAUCUCGUCGAGCAACAUCAUCUCGAUCACCGCCCUCUACCACUUCACGAGUCUCGGCAUUCUUCACAGCUGGCAGGCGAGCUGUGUCCAACAGCAUCAGCGCGACGGGGGCUCUGAUAAAGGGGCUGUCGGAAUCGCUGCCGGAAGCUCUGGCUGGACCGGAACCAGCGACUCCUGAGGUUGAAGAAAUCCUACUUCACUUACGUCAGCUCCUCGCGGAGUUGCUGUUGGACAUGUCCGGCUCGGCUGAUGCGUCCUCUGUCACCGUUGGAAUUCUCUCGGAUAUUCGCGUGAAAAAGUGUCUGGACGAAGCCGUACUAGCAACAACUUUUCUGGACGAGUUAGCUGACGCGCUGUUGGAUAUUUGGUAUGUCUCACGAUUCGACGAUGGAGUUUUGAGUAGCUGGAGCCCUGUAUCACAGACAGCGUGGUUGCAACAGUUGUUGAAAGUCACUGUUGGUGCUGAUAUCAACAACUCUAGCGUCAUCAACGUUCGCCUCGCCAUACAUUUGCUAAUUUCAGCAGUUUAUCAACUGGGAAUGGCGAUUAUGGCCGAGCUGGAGGCUAGCACUUUUGACAGGUGGAGAAGCUCGAUGGUGACUCUGCUGGAGCGCGUGGAGAAUCUAGACAGGUACCGCAUUAUUAGGCGAAAAAUGGCUAAUUCCUGUGGUGAUAAGGCAGCUGGGAGUAUCUUCUUCUCCCAGCUGGCAUUCAUUGAGUAUUACGAUGACUCUGUCUCGGAAGCGGAGGAAAAGCCGAAGAUUUUCAAACUGGAUGUUAAUUGGAAAGAAGGAGAUUUGAUCUCGCGAGAUCGAGCCUCGAGGAGGUCUACUUUGAUACCAUCGGUGGGCGACGCUGAACUGGAAACGCAAACUAGAGCGGGUAGAGCGAACAUAUAUUCCUCCAACACUGACAAGUAA